AUGAGCCCCGAUUGCACUGCAGCUACUGCGCGCCCGGCAGCUAAACGGCUAGAGCUGUUUCUUGCGCUGAUUCUGAUGUAUUACUCUACAAAGGACAGUCUCGCAACGGCAGCGCUGAGGCAGGGUCUUGGCCAGGAUGCUCCUUCUCGUUACCGAACCGGAGACCAAGCAGAGGGUUCGGGCACCACAACAGCAGCAACAGGUGCGGCGGACAUCUCGCAAAGCAUUUUAGGAGGGGCAGCACAGCUCUCAGCUCAGAUUCUUGAUGAGGGGUCGGAGCCGGCGCUCGCUGCAGCCUACAUGGAUUCCCUGCUGGCGGACCCUGUGGCUGCAAGGAGGAGGCUUUUAAGACACUUCACCAAACGCAGCAAAGUAGCCGUGAUCUACAUGUGCUUCGAGCGGAUGGAGAUGAUACACCGAGCCAUUCCUGCCAUCCUCCGCAGCGAGGGCUUGGCCGAGUUUGACUUUUUUAUUUCACAAGACGGUGGCGCCGCUUCUAUCUUCGAGGAUGGAACCGUGUCCAUCCCCAAAGGCACGCAGUUCGCCUACAUUCGCCAUCCAGCCAACCUUUGCACGGGUCUGCACCAUCACUUUGUCAAGGCUUUCGCUUUCGACAUUAUGGGUUAUGACAUUCUGUUGGUCGUGGAGGAGGACAACAUCAUACACCCUCAGGCGCUGCAGCUGCUUCACCGGAUGGCACAACUAUCCGUCUUUGAGCCAGAAAUCGGUAUUGUGAGCCUGCUUGACAAGGACAUGUCGCCGUUCCUAGAUGCCGAGCGCUUUGCCGCGGGCCUUAUCCCCGUGGUCGGCCAUAUGGGUCAUUUGUGGGUGUUUGGCCUGCACCGUGUCAAGUAUGAGCUCGCGCGUGGCUGCCUUCGGGACUAUUACGACGUGAUUAAGGGUCAUGAGUACCGCGCGAAGCACUUGCCUCCCUUACGCGAGGCGAUCCAGGCACUGAUGCAGGCAAAGGGCUUCCCACCAACGACCGAGCUAUCGCAGGACCGCUGGCUUGUCAACUCUCUAUCGAGCUUUGGUUUCACGAAGCGCUACCAGACGCUCUUCCGCUUCUUCGAGCCCAUCGGCUUUGAUGAACAACACGUUUUACUCACUACUCGAGGGCCGGCUGAACGGGCCUGGAAAGCUGAAGGAAAUUAUGCAAGGCAACCAGUUGAUGCUGUAGUGAACAGCACGUUUUAUGCCCUGAUCGAGGGCCGGCUGAACGGGGCAGGGAGGGGCGUGAACGAACGAAGCAGCCAGAUCCUGCCAGGACGAGUCGUGCAGCAGGAGUACAAUAAUGGAUGGAUGCUCUGCGCCCUGUUUAUGGCGAUGAAUUAUACAGCACACCCUGAAGAUGGUUAG